UAAGCAAACAAUCAUAAAACAAUGGCACAAGACGAAGCGCCCUCUGAAUACCCUCCCACCCCUCGCGUCAACAACAGCAUGCUGGCUGCCAACGUCGAUCGGUUCGUCCGCCUUGUCGGCACUGUGAUGAAGAUCAACCAAUCCACUGUGACGAUCAGGACCAGCGACAAGGGCGAGACCAUUGUGCACACCAACUCGAACGCCGUCUACGCCGAGGGCGACGUGAUUGAGUACAUUGGCAGCGUCCAGCCAGACCUGUCGCUCGUCGCAGAGACGUUUGCGCCCUUCCCCAAGUCCUUCAACAUGGACAAUUACAACACAAUGAUCGAAUUGGCACGAAAGCAGUACCAUCUGUUUUCGGCAGUGCCAUACUAGGAAGGCAUUUGUAUUUUUGGGCGAUUGAUGCGUGAAUUUUGUUAGCUUUGCUGUUGUUGUUGUUGUUUAGGGGGGGAAAAGUGCAGCUCGUGUUGUCUGUUUCUGUAUUGGAAUCAAAAGCAUGAACUUUUGCUGUAUUGGAAAAG